AUGCAACAACCUAUUCUAGAGUCUCCUUCGCAACCACAGAAUAUCCAUGGGCUAACGCUGAAAGGCAAACAAGAUGAAAAUUGGUUCCAGCUGUUGGGCCCCUUUAUCAGUCAGUGGAAUAAUCGAGCUGAGUUUAGGGUCGACAUUUAUCCUCGACAAGAGGGCCUAUUGAGUUUUAACUCGGAUUACAUGGUCUGGUAUAGGCGAAAAACAAAAAUGUUUGUCGACCCAAACAAUGCAAACACGGCUACAUUGGGUGAAGUUACCGAGACAUUGCAGUAUAUGGUGUCACCACAAGGGCGAAACACAUGGACAGUUGAUGAUCUCGUGCCAUAUGUGGAAAAGUUAGCGAUUAUAUCCCAAGAGCAAGAGAGGAUCACUGAGCCUGUGGCACAUGGUCCGGCAUCAGAGCGUCGAUUUCCCCCACAACAGUUUCACAUGCUUCAGUCAAGUGUUGAAACUCGAGGAUUUGACAGACGAAGGGAGAUUGUUCACGCAGAAGAUUUAUCGCAGCAAAUGGACCAGCGUGGCCAUGGAAUGUAUUACACGCCACCAACAUUUGCUCAGUAUCCUUCGCAGAUGUAUCAGUAUCCUUUCGAGGAUCAUGACACUGAUAUGUCUGCAAGCGAACAUUCGUUUGGUGGUGUUACGGAAACACAUCCUCAUUUUUCAUGGCCGACCAUGACCCCUUCGCAGCAACAUCAUGUCCCAAUGGCAACACCUAAUGCCCCAUUAGGUCCGCAAUGGGAUGUACCCGGAGCAAUACCUGAUAUGGGUGACAUAUUAGGUGUUGAUUUGCGUCACGAGUUUUCUGCAGAGGCUGAGCAAGAAGGGCGGAGACAGCGCGCAAGAAGAAAUCCGGAUCGUCAAGCCCGUAGGUGGGAUCUACCUUGUGGCACAUCCUCGCGCCAUCACGGACACCAUAAUGAGUGA